AUGGCUGCCCUGUUCCGCGUCAAGGCGCUCUACGAAUACUCGUCGCCGCACGAGGACGACCUCAACUUCCCCGCCGGCCAGAUCAUUGCUGUCACGGACGAGGACGAUGACGACUGGUACGGCGGCGAGUACGUCGACGAGGCCGGCGCCAAGAAGGCGGGCAUCUUCCCUCGCAACUUUGUCGAGAAGUUUGAGCCCGUCGCGCCCCCGCGACCCGUGAGGAAGCACAAGCAAGAAGCCGAACCGCCCGCUGCUGCCCCUGCGCCCCCUCCGGAGCCUUCUUACGAGGACACAGCUGCGCGAUCGACACCCCCGCCGGGACCCGUGGCCUCAGAGCCCUCGCCAAAGAGACUCGCCGAGCCCGUCAAGCAGAGCAGGCCGGCAGAACCUCCCGCCGCAGCUCCUGCUCCUCCCGUUCCAGCUCCAGCUCCCGCUCCCGUGCCUGUUGCUGUCCCGGCUCCGGCUCCCCCGCCCGCGGCGGCUCCUGCGCCAGUUCCGGUGCCUCUGCCAUCUUCGCCCAAGCGUGCCGACUCCCCCGCCUCAGCUGGUCCGGCCGCCAGUGCUCCGAAGCCAAAGGCCGCGCCUCCGCCGGUAUCCGAAAAGCCUAGCUCUUUCAAAGACCGCAUUGCAGCGUUUAACAAGUCGGCCGCACCUCCGAUUGCGCCCUUUAAACCCAGCGGCCUCAGCGGCGCUGGCGCAUCGGGCUUUAUUAAGAAGCCGUUUGUGGCACCGCCCCCUAGUCGAAAUGCCUUCGUUCCUCCUCCUCGCGAGGCCCCCGCGGCCAAGCUUUACCGAAGAGAUGAAGAUCCCGAGAUCAAGGAGCGCGUGGCCGAGACUCAGGGACAAGCCGAGAGAGCUGGACUGGCUACUUCUGAAAUUCAGAAAGAGGGCGACGAAGAAGACCAGCCCAAGCCUACCAGCUUAAAGGAGCGCAUUGCUCUCCUCCAGAAGCAGCAGAUGGAGCAGGCACAGCGCCAUGCUGACGCACUGUCCAAGAAGGAGAAGCCCAAGAAGCCCCCGCCACCUAAGAAGCGCGUUGAUUCUCAGGCUUCCGCCGCUGAACCUGCUGCUGAGGGAGCCGAAGUUCCCGAACGAAAAGACACCGACGAACCUGUCCCAAGAGCCUCGAUGGAUUCUGCUCCCCCUGAGUCGGCUCCUCUACCCCCGCGGCCCCAGCCUGAACUUACGGAAUCGCCCGCGGAAGCUGCCAACGGAGAUGAAGCUGCCGAAGCGGAGGCUGACGACCACACAUCAAAACGACUGUCCAAAGUGCCAACCUCCUCAUCCGCUGCUCCUGCUGCUGAUGUAGAACAGCCGGAGACUCAGGAGACCGUCGAGGAAGAAGGAGAGGCAGAGGAAGAGGAAGAGGAGGAAGACGUUGAUCCUGAAGUCAAGCGCAGAGAGGAACUCCGAGCACGAAUGGCCAAGAUGAGCGGUGGCAUGGGCUUCCAUGGCAUGUUUGGCGCCCCGGUUCCUCCGAUGGGAGGUGGUCUGCCCAUGAAGAAGGCACCUAAGCCACCGGCAAAAUCUGCCACCACGCGGGAAGAGGAUGUGACUCCGCCGCCGCAUGCUCCCCCUGUUCCCACUAUGAUGGCACUCCCGGGCAUGGGCCUUCCAGGCCUUCCAGUUAAGCCAGCCGAAGAGCCAGCUCAAGCUGAUGAACCAGAGGCUGAACCAAAACAGAAAUCUGAAGAAGAGGAAGAUGCCACUCCUCUUGCUACCGCCCCCGUGCGAGCCGAAGAAGGCGAGGCACCACCACCUGUUCCUCAGGAAGACCUGUCUGCUCCUCCUGUUCCAUUGGCGGCUCGACCGCCACCUCCCCCAGCUCCUGUUGGAGCUCGAUCCCCUCCACCGCCGCCCUCAGCCCCCCCCGCUGUCAAGUCAGCUACAGAGGGAUCUGAAUCUGACGAUGAACUGUCUAAUGGGGCUCGUGAGAACGCCGAGGCCGCUGCCUCAGUACUGAGAUCACCCCCUCCGCCUCCUGCCCCUCACCCCUCAGAACCUCCUCAGUCGCCCCCGCGCCCUGGAGCAUUCUCGCCAACUUCGCCGACUAGCAAACGUGCUAGCAGACCUCCACCGCCCGUUCCAGGGGCUGCUUCCAUACUCUCUGUGGUAACAUCUCGCCCACCGCCGCCUCCACCACCCGCCGCCCCAAGCCGGCGAUCAACUGUGGACUUUGGUGUCGCCUCGCCGACCAGACCUGCGCAGGCAGGGGAGGAAAUCGGAGAGGCCACAGAGUACGAGGGCGACUACGAUACGGACAUUGCAUCGUCUGUGCCUCACAAGGAUGCUUUGGCGGCGCAUGAUCAAGAGUCUAGCAUGGAGGAGACCAGUCUCCAAUCACCAUUCAACGAUGCUCCUCCAGAGUUGCCUCCCCCUCCUCCUUUUGCUUCGACGCCGAGAGCGGCCCCUCCUCCCGUGCCACAAUCUCCGCCGUUGAACAGAAGGUCUACGGAUCUAUCUCGGUCUGUUCCGAUCUUGCCGCCUCCAGCUCCUCCCCCUAAGCUGCUUUCUCCCACGGGAGAUGAGAACCACGAUGCUCUGUUCAUCUCAAAUGCUAGACCAGAUGACGCCCAAGACUCUCCAAUUCUACAGGAUGAGCCGACUCCCCUUUCAUUUGAAGACUCUAGAGCCGUGUCGCCACCUGAUCGAAGAGCCCCGCCUGCAAUAGGCUCGCGUGGACGGUCAUCCAUGGAUAUGCCCAGGCCUAGUCUUAGUGCUCCCAGGAGAUCGAUUGAUCACCACCGCCCGUCGAUGGACUCUGGCUUCAUCGCGGGAGACAUUGAUCUGGCUGUGCAGAGCGGCUGGUGGAAGCAGUCGAACCAAGUCCCUCCCGCUCUCCAAGGCCGGAAGGAUAUCCACUUUGAGUGCGAUGAGUCCACUUCGACAAACCAAGGCGAAAAGGUUAUAAUCAGCAGAGAAACCUUUAUCCUGUUCCAGGAUUACUCGCAGACCAUUCUUACGGCUCGCUACGACCCUAAUGACCCGACAACUGUGGAGCUGGAGCAACGACACGAGGCGCCCCCCAAGGCGAUGCGACAGGACCAGAUGGAGGAAGCUUAUGACACCUUUGGGCGGCGUAUUUCCGCAUCCGCCAUUGCUAAGAAGGAUCAGGUUGUCGGCGAUGGCACCGCGCAGAGCUUUGUUUUGGAAAUGAUUCGACCUCUAGAGGAUGCCCUGUUGCCUAUUAGCACUAGAUCGUACGGUGCCCUCGUCUAUGCCAACAUGGCUAAUGCUUCCACUCAGCAGCACGAUGUCAUUCGUCCUGGCGACAUCAUCACCAUUCGCAACGCCAAGUUCCAGGGCAAGCAUGGACCCAUGCAUGCCAAAUAUUCCAGCGAAGUUGGCAAGCCGGACCAUGUCGGUAUCGUGGCCGAGUGGGAUGGCACCAAGAAGAAGGUCCGGGCCUGGGAGCAAGGCAGGGAUGGCAAGAAGGUGAAGCAGGAGAGCUACAAGCUGGACGACCUGAGGAGUGGAGAGGUCAAGAUCUGGCGUGUGGUUUCUCGUAGCUGGGUUGGCUGGCAGAAGAAGCUGUCUUAG